AUGGGGCUGGUGCGGCAGGCUUUGCAACCGCGCCUGCAGCCCGAAGAGGGUUGCUCUAGCUUCUCGUCUGCAGAGGAAGACGUUGCAGACAUGGCUCUACGGUUUCGAGUGAGGACGCAGAAGCAGCAGUUACAUUUCCAAGAUGGGGGAGGGGGCCCACGGCUGCAGCACGUGGUAGACAAGCCCAUUGCUUGGGGGCCCACAGUGAUGCCGCUAGCUUCUGUUCUGGGGGGUACGCGACUUUCAGAGGCCGCAAAAGGGAAAAGAAACAGAGUAGAUAUACAAGGCGCUAGGGACAGCUUCGAACUGAAGUGCGUUCUUUCUGUGGGUGAGUGCCAACGGCUCGUCGAGGCAGCGGAGGCCCAGGGAUUCGACUAUUGGGCCAAAGAGACGGAGAACAGCGGCAAUGGCUGUGACACCUGCAACGACAACGGCAGCAGAAACAGUGGCAGCAGCAUUGUGAGUACACGCGCAAACCAUAACUAUCGGUCUGCCUACACGCUCGAGGUGGAACAUUCGGAACUUGCAGACCUCAUUUGGGAACGCGUGAAGGAGUUGGUGGUUAGAGAGGUUUCUUUCUCAGAGGAAGACGGAGAAAGGUUUGAAAGGGAUUUAAAGGGCACGUGGGAGGCCUGCGGGGUUAACAGCACUCUACUGUUUGCCAGGUAUUAG